AUGGAGGCUAUGAUGAGCCAACAAGUUGUUAGGGACCAAACUACCCAAAAGACACUUAGUGAAUAUGAGCUUAUGCUUAAGAACCAUCAAGCCUCCUUUCAAGACCUCCAAAGGGUCGUAGGUGAUAUGUCUAGGAAGCUAGAAGAGAGAUUACAUGGUCAGUUUGCGGGUAACACCCUACAAAACCCUAAUGAUCAUGUAAAAGCCAUUACGACUCGUAGUGGCAAAACCAUAGGAAACCCUAUAGUUGAAGAGAGAGUAGUUGAUGAGGAUGGAGAUAUUACGCCCGUAGAUGUUAGACCUUCACCCUUAGUAGACCAUUCACGAGUCCCGUUUCCCUCACAUAUUAGGAACCAAAAAUACUCAAGGGAAUACGGUCAACUUUUAGAUAUCUUCAAGCAAUUGAAGAUUAAUCUUCCUUUUAUUGAGGCACUCCAGUCCAUGCCUAAAUAUGCUAAAUUUCUAAAGGACCUUCUUAGGAGCAAAGAGAAGUUAGGGGAGUUGUCUAAUGUCCCGUUGAAUGGAGGGUGUUCGGCUGUUGUUUUAAAUAAGCUUCCCGAAAAGCUUACCAAUCCCAGUAUUUUCACUAUUCCUUGUCUAUUCGGUAGUAAUACCAACACUAGAGCUUUAGCCGACUUAGGAGCUAGCAUCAAUUUGAUGCCCUUUUCUCUUUACGAGAAGCUAGACCUAGGAGAGCUUGCACCUACCCGAAUGACAUUAUCCUUAGCCGAUCGGUCCAUUAAAUACCCUAGGGGCAUAGUUGAGAAUUUGUUGGUCAAGGUAGAUGAAUUUGUGUUUCUCACCGAUUUCGUAAUUCUUGAUAUGGAAGCGGAUAAGGGAGUCCCCAUUAUACUUGGUCAUCCUUUCUUACGUAUCGCCAAAGCAUUCAUAGACGUUCAUGAUGGUAAGAUCACUCUUAGGGUCGAUGAGGAGAGAGUCACCUUUGAGAUAGAGCGUUCCAUGAACCACCCGAGUGGUUCGGAUGACUAUAGUGGUCCUUGCCAUUCCGUCUACUUCUUGAAUUCGUUUAUCUCAUGUGUCGAUCAUUGCUUAGAGUAUAUUAGUGGAGCGGACUUAGUGGUAGGAGAGAAGGUAGAAGAGGAGUUGAAGAGGGCAGAGGAAGUUGAAGUUGAGGGAAUUCCUUUGAUUCCCAAAGUCUUAGCGGUCAGUGAUGACACCACCUAA